AUUGUUCCAGUUUAUGAGUUGGCGCGUUGCAUUGCCUCGUGGUAUGACGAGCACUGCAAAGAACAGAUACUCAAUGUACUUAACAUUUUGCGUCGACACAUAUGGGACUAUGUUCCAAAUGCGUAUUGUCAUUGUUGUGAACCUGAUUGGUAUCGCGAAGUAUGUAUGCUGGGUGAUCGUUUAGCCAUGUUUUACAUAGAGGACAAUUCCAUGGGCCUGGGAUUCACCAUUAGUAAAAAUUUUAUUCGAGUGAAAAAGUUUACUUUAUCUCCGGGGAAACCAGUAUAUUUGUAUAUACGCAUGGAUUGGUUACUGAUUCAAUUUCGCACGCUUCCGUUAUACACCAUACCGUCAUUACAAGGAUUAUGUCGCGAAGUCAUUUUUCAGCACAUAAAGAAGAAGAACCACAUGAAGUUGACGGCAGCAAAUAUAAAGAAAUUGGAUUUACCGGACAUUCUGACUAAACAAUUGACAAUUCAUGAACAAAUAAGCUUUCCCAAAGAUUAUACCGAUAGAAACCGACGACAUACUUAUUCUAUUGGGUGUGCGAAUAUUACUCCUCUCUUUCCCAACAGAUGUUACUUUUAGUAUUGUGAACGUGUACUAACCAA